UAAUCAAUUCUCUCUUUUUUUUUUUGUUCACCAGAAUGCUCAGCACGUUGAAGUGGAAAGUAUCCCCUUACCAGAUAUGCCACAUGCUCCUUCCAACAUCCUCAUACAGGACAUUCCCCUUCCAGGGGCCCAACCACCUUCUAUCCUCAAGAAGACAUCCGCCUAUGGACCCCCAGUUCGGUCCAUUUCUGUUCUUCCUCCUCCGGGGCUCGGUGUUCCACGCUUGCCUCCCGGCAGGAAGCCCCCCGGGCCUCCCCCAGGGCCACCCCCACCCCAGGUCCUACAGAUGUAUGGCCGCAAAGUGGGUUUCAGCCUGGAGAUGGCUCCUCGGCGGCGGGAGGAGGAGGUUUCCUACAGCUCUGAAGCAGGGCAGCGAGGGCACGACGAGGAUAUGUCCAGUACCAGUGAGGAUGAAGGUUACCCUGAGGACAUGGAUCAAGACAAGCACGAGGAGAGCAGCGAUGACAGUGACAGCGAUAGGUCAGAUGCAGACAGUGAAGGAGAGGACUUCCUUCACCGUGACAACGACAAGGAGCGGGAAGGUGGCGAGGAGAAGAAAUCGGGUCACAGCGUGCGGUUCGCAGACAUGCCCGGGAAGUCACGAAAAAAGAAAAAGAACAUGAAAGAACUGACUCCACUUCAGGCCAUGAUGUUACGAAUGGCAGGUCAGGAAAUUCCAGAAGAAGGGAGAGAAGUGGAGGAAUAUUCAGAAGAAGAGGAGGAGGAGGAAGAGGACUCGGAGUCUGAAGAGACAGCACAACAGCAGCAGCAGCAGCAACUGGGUGAGGAAGCUCUUGCAGAGACUGCAACAUCUACUGCAACUUCCCAGGCACAGCAGCAGCAACCAGCUCCACAGUCUGUUCCUGCAACUCAGAUACAGGCACCUCCUAUGCCUGGGCCACCUCCGCUGGGACCACCUCCGGCCCCUCCGCUGAGGCCCCCAGGCCCACCCACUGGCCUUCCUCCUGGCCCUCCACCAGGAGCUCCUCCAUUCCUGAGACCUCCUGGCCUACCAGGGCUGCGUGGGCCUUUACCUCGACUUCUGCCGCCAGGCCCUCCACCUGGGCGACCCCCUGGCCCUCCCCCAGGGCCCCCACCAGGUCUGCCCCCUGGUCCUCCUCCACGUGGGCCUCCUCCUCGCCUGCCCCCUCCUGCCCCACCAGGUAUCCCUCCUCCUCGCCCGGGCAUGCUGCGGCCGCCCCUGGUGCCUCCGUUAGGACCUGCCCCCCCUGGGCUUUUCCCACCCGCCCCCAUUCCAAAUCCCGGGGUGCUGAGUGCACCCCCCAGCCUGAUCCAGCGCCCCAAGGCGGAUGACACCAGCGCUGCCACCAUCGAGAAGAAGGCGACGGCCACCAUCAGUGCCAAGCCACAGAUCACCAACCCCAAGGCCGAGAUCACUCGCUUCGUGCCCACGGCCCUGCGAGUGCGCCGGGAGAACAAAGGGGCUUCGGCCGCCUCCCAGAGGAAGCAGGACGAUGAGCCUGCGCUCCCACUCACCAAAGCUGCCCCCAAGGCUGGAGCAUCUGCCCCUAUCUCCGUACAGACAAAGGAUGACGUGUAUGAAGCCUUCAUGAAGGAAAUGGAAGGUCUCCUGUGA